AUGGCGCAAACAACGCCAGCAGGCGCGCCCGCCCUCUCGGACCUCAUCUUCCCCACGACCGCCAACCACAACUUCUCCCACAUCCUUACGGACCUCAAGCGCUCCAAUCUCUCCAUCGCCAACAGGCUACGCUCCAUCACGCAGGAUGCUGAGUUUGUAAAGGAUGUCGUCGCGAGCUAUGGCGGCCGGCCCCUCGUGGCCAACGAGCGCUGCGGCAGCUGGUAUAUCCGCCCGGGGGAUAAGAGGGCGAGCGCUUACUUUAAGAGCACCGACGGGCACACCAAUGCGUGGAAAUUUAGUACGCGGAGGUUGAAUCUGCAUCUCCUUGAGCUCGUUGGGAAGCAUGAUGGCUGCAUCAUCGUAGAUUCAACCCGUAGGGGCAAGAGAAUGCCAGACGCCCUAAGCAAAACCAUCCCCAUCUGGUGCACCGUCUUCAACAUGGCCCUCUUCCCCGACCUCGAAGCCCGGCUCUUCACCCCGCCCAACGUCGUCUCCGCCUCGGAGCACGCCCAGAUCACCGCUCUCCUCCCAUCCUUCCUAGCCUCCCUAAAGGCCCUCAACCUCGACCUGGCAGCCCUCCGCGCGCACGUCUCCAAACCCCUGCGGCCCUUUUGGGUGACCCAGGAGACGCAGCUGUCGUCUGCUUCGUCUGCCCACAACGUGAACGUGGUCUUUGAGGAGUACCACCCCAUCAUCUGCUGCACCUCCUCGCGCCGCGUCGCCGGCACGGAGAUGAGCGAGGCAGGCUACAUCCAGGGCGCGGGCGACGACACGGAGAACUGGGCCCUGGGCCUGACGGCCGAGGUAUUUUGGGAAAAUGUCACGGCCCUGCUCCGUUGCCCCGAGGCCGACCUCCCCGAGCUGGUCGUAAGCCUCGUCGCGGAGGACAAGCGCAAUGCUCCAAGGGGUGUACAGCCAAAGGAAGUAGCGCCGCGGAUCUUGGUCUGUCCGCUACCCCUGGCCGAUGACGACGACGAAGGCGGUGCUGCGUUCGCGGCGGCGGCGGCGGCGGGUGGUGAAUGCCGAGUCGCACUCACGCAAGACGUCACGCCGCGGGACUCGUGGGUAAAAUCCCCGACGUACAUGCAAGUCGGCCUCGGGAAGCACAAGGUCGCCAGUCGUAACCUCAGACAGGCGCUGCCAGACAUUUGCGCCUUUGUCUCGCGUUAUCUCGACUCACGUCGGGCUGCGGGCGCGGACGUGGACGCCGACGGCGCAGAGGAGGGCAGAGGCAGCGUCCUCGUGGCCUGCGAGACGGGCAAGGAUCUAUCCAUCGGCGCCGCGUUGGCCAUCUAUUGCUGGUGCUUCGACCAGGACGGCAAGUAUCGGGUGGCGGACUCUACUACGUUCUUCAACAAGGACAUGAUCCGGGUGAAACUCGGGACCAUCAUGACGGCCUUCCCGGAAGCCAAUGCGAAUAGGGCUACUUUGCAGAGCGUGAACAGCUUUCUCAUGGACCACCGAAGAUGA